CAACUGGUAUCUCGAGCCCGAUAAUUAUUGCCACGUGUGCUCGAAGGAAAAGUGAAACUGCAUGACAGUUAGAAUCCUUGUGUAUUAUGAUUUUACGAUCGGCUUACUUUUUAUUGCAGUUUCAUAGACAAACACUGACACCACUCGCCAGCCUGACAGGAUUUCGAAGCAUGUCAGAUCAAGUGCAUGGUACAGCAAAGACAGGGUUUGUUGAUGGAGAAAACUAUGACAGAUUCCGGCCCUCUUAUACAGAUGAAGUAGUGAAGAUAAUUACCUCCAUCAUUACUGACAGUCAAACAGGCAAAGAUAAUAAUUUGCAGUACGACUGUGUUGAGUUAGGUGCAGGUACUGGAAAACUGACCAAGAAACUUUUAAAUGAGCUAUCACAGGUCAGCAAGACUAGAUACCUAGCAACAGACCCGAUGGAUGGUUUUUUAGGAACGUUAAGGAGGAACUGCCCACAACCUCUGAACACUAAAGUUUGCAGUGCAGAUAACAUCCCUCUUCCUUCUGAGAGUGUACAGACAGUUAUAGCGGCCCAGUGUUUCCACUGGUUUGCAAAUACAGCAUCAAUAACUGAAAUAAAUAGGAUACUAACAGCCUCUGGAAAAUUCAUAAUGGUGUGGAACAACAAAGAUUGGAAAGUCCCAUGGAUCAAAGACAUGGAAGAAAUACUGACACGUUACUAUGGUGACACUCCACGAGCUGUAUCCUACCAAUGGAAAACAGCCAUUGAAAAUUGCUCCCAAUUUCGAUGUGUUCGCCAUUCAUUCCUCCCUGGUACCCAACUACAGGGGCGUAGUGAGGAUGUAAUCGGCCAUUUCUCAUCAAUCAGUGUCAUUGCAUCUCUGGAAAAGGAGGAGAAGAAACUAGUCCAAGGAGAGAUGAAAAGAGUUCUGGACAAGCACGGACUCGUGUCAGAAAAGGAUGACAUUGUUAUCCCAUUUCACACCGAAGUUUAUGUAGCUGAGAAAGUUCAUUGUUGCUAGACACAGAAAAUUGUGGAGUAAAUUAAAACAGCAAAGUAUAGAUAGAUAACCAGUAGGCUACAUUUAUAAACACACAUCAAUUACUGCAUGUCUUGAUUAAUUCAAAACAUCAAUAUUUUUUAUGAUUGCAUUUAUUUUAAAAAGCACUUUUAAUCUCAAAUUCUAUUGCUGAUAAAUGAUGAUUUUUUGUUACAACUCAUGUAUUUACUUAAUUGUAUUCUAGUAAAGUGUUUACUUGGCAUGUGUAAGUAAGUACUAGGAGAUCCAUGUGCAAAUUUACUGAAAGCAGUUCAGAUGAUUUAAAUUAUAUUUUGACAAUAACUGUUGCUGACAGAUCAAACUUUUAAAAUGUGAAGAUUAAGUGAAUUGUAGAAAAUUAACAAUAAACAAUGAAAUUUGGUGUUCAAAAAUUAUUACAUGUAUUACAUUGAAAAUAUUAAUGAUUUUUAGGAAUAAUCAUUUUUUAAGAUUUUAGAAUAAUGAUAUUUCUGAGUUACAAUGUAUGUAUCUUAAAAAAAUGUGCGAUUUUAAUAAAUGGAUGAGUUAGU